CCUGAGUACAGACCUCGUGGUGAACUAUCUCCGACUCAGCCAUAUUGAAAUAUUGAAUGUCUCUGUUACACAAGGGCUCAAGAGUAGCCGUGAAAUUUUCGCGUGAUCCUCGUCGAAGAGAGGAUAAGAGACAUCAUGGAAAAUAUGUACAGCAUUACUGUUACCAACAAAUUCUCGUUAGCGUUGGGUGAUGACGAAGAUCCACUUGAGAAAUUGAGAGAAGAGGAACUAAAGAAAGAAGCUAGGAAAAAGGAGAAGCUAUCAGAGAAGGAGAAUAAGAGUAAGCAGCCGGAUGCGCAAAAGGGAACCGGUAAUAAAACUCAAAAAAACCGCGUGAUAAAGGAAACCCAGCAACAACCGACUAAGGUGCAAGAAUCAAAGAAAGAUCAAGGAGAGAAAAAGCCACCACAAGCGAGAACUGGAGGUGGAGAUCGCAAUGUUAAAUUUUCUGCAGAGAGCAGAGAGGAACGUAACAACAGACGUAAUCGCGAAGAGGGUGAGAGGACGCCUCGGGGUCAAGGAGAAUUGAGACGAGGACCUCCUGGUGAGGGACGUGAAACACGGGAAUUCCGGAAUUCUAACGAUAGCCAACGUGGGGACUAUGGCGAACGCAGGGGCCGCGGUGGAAUGCGAGGAAUGGGACGAACACGUGGAGGCCCGCGUGGUCGUGGAGGAUACGACUAUCGCGGAAAACGUGAAUUUGAUCGUCAAUCUGGCUCAGAUAAAACCGGAAUUAAACCUGUUGAUAAAAAGGAUGGUGCUGGUAGCCAUAACUGGGGUACCCACAACGAUGAAAUUGAAGAGAGUCUGAAUCCGGAAAGUCAAGAAUGGGCUAAUGAGAAGCCUGAUGCAGAUACUACCCAAACAUCAUCUACAGAGGCAAAAGAAGGAGAAACAGCUACGGAUGCAACAGAGGAAAAGCCCGCUGAGGAAGAAUCGCGUGAAAUAACAUUAGACGAAUGGAAAGCGCUACGUAAUAACAGAGCAAAGCCGCAGUACAAUCUACGCAAAGCCGGUGAAGGUGAAGAUUUGUCCCGCUGGAAAAAGAUGUAUGCUCUUGAAAAAAAGAAGGAAGGCGCCGAGGAAGAUGACGAUGAAGAAGAAGAAUACGAUGCCGCGGCGGAAUAUCCUCAGCGCGUUGGAAGGCAGAAACACGUAUUAGGCAUUGAGAUCCAGUUCAGUGAUUCACGGCGCGGUGCUGGUGGACGUGGUCGAGGACGAGGUCGUGGAGAUCGCGCUAACGGCCGCGGAUUUGGAAAUCGUGGUGCUCCUCGAGAUGGAGAGCCACGUGGUCCUGCUAUACAGUCCGAGCAAAGGUCACCUCGGGGACGCCAGAAUGCUCCAAAAGUAGAUGACGAGAACGACUUCCCAUCAUUGGGAUAGGUGGUUUCACUCUUCGUCUACACAGUAUCCCACCAUUACCACCACAAUCAGUACUGCUACCACAGAUAAAAUUACAACUAAUACUAAAAAUAUUACUAUCAAUAUUUUUGCGUCAGUGACAACGUUAUUAAUGCAUAAUACAGUAAACCCUUGCAAAAAUGAGAUACGUAAUUUACCUAAGUAAAUUGUAGCGCUCAAACGCGCUCUUACAUUGGCUCGUUGAUACACAGGAUGCCCGCGCUAAAGUUGUUACAGUUCCGUUAUUUCUUAAGGAUUGAGGAUACAAAAAAAAAAUAAUUGUGUAUAUGAUAGUUGUAUGGUACAAAGGGGCAAAUAUAUUGACGGAAACAAAUUUUUUUAAAUCUUAUUAUUUUAAAUGGAACUUAUACAUUUUUUUUCACUUCAGUCUCAAGCUGAAUUGAACAACUUAUACAUUGAGAUACUCUGCUUGCAAAUUUAUUGAUUUGUAGCGGAAGAAAACUACCCGAAUAGGAAGCACCGAUGGUGGUCAACCCUUGGGUCUGCCAAUGCUGGCGCAGACUUCUUGUAUCUUAUUCAAGAGACAAUAUUUAACAUGGACGGUGUAUUAAAUGAUUUGAAAAAAAGUUAUAUAGUUCCACUAAAAAAAAAAGAAAAAGAAAAACUUGCUCCUUUGUAACAUGUAACUUUCAUACUAAAGGUCUUUCUGUCUUCGAUACUUUGCAAAUAGUAAGUUCGAGGCUGUAACAACUUAGCGCGGACACUUUGUACACACAUAAGAAAUGACAUGAUACAAAAAAAAAUGUAGAUCAUGGUCCUUUUUUGUACUUUUAAUAACUCAGUUUGUUCGUAACUAGUUCACAGAUGGACAGUAAUAAGAACGAGGCUGGAUAUCGAUGGAUCUAUUAAAUAAUCGUGAACUUAAUUAAUGUUUGAUAAAGAAUGUGGCUGACUUUAAGCGGACCAGCAGGAAUAUAUCAUCAAAGAAAAAAAAAAAAAAAGAAAAAAAAAGAAUUCAUUUUA